AUGAUCAAUCUGAAUUGUCUUCUAGACGGACCGGAAAGUGUUCAGAUAUCCGUCAGCCCCGACCAGGCCGCCCACGCCUCUGGCACGGACGCCUCUCUCACCUGUUCUGCUGUUUCCAAUCCCGCCCCGGAAUAUCAAUGGCUCUUCAAUGGGCUGUUCCAACAAAGCGGGCAGCAAGUAGUCAUAGCGGCCCUUGGCGUCAAUGACACGGGAAGCUACACCUGCCAGGUGUUCAACAAUGUGACCAAAAGAUCAAGUUCCUCUUCGCGAAACAUCACAGUCCUCACGCCUGUUUCCACACCCAAUAUCACCUCCAAUGCCAGCAGCUUCAUAGAGCACAAUGACACCGUGGUCUUGACCUGUGUCGCGACAGGCCCUGACGUCUCUUACACGUGGAUUGAAGACAAUAGCGUGAUAUCUAAUGGCGGCAGGUUGGAACUGAGCGCCACUAACAACACACUCACCAUUACCGGAGUAUUGCGGGCGGACGGGCCGUUCACCUGCCGGGCCUCCAACGCGGUUAGCGCGAAGACAAGCGAGCCGUUCCCUCUCAAUGUCUUUUACGGGCCGGAUAUUCCGAUUAUAAUUCCUGAACCCGACACCCCUGCUUACACUCCCGGGACCGACGUCACUUUAACCUGUUAUGCACAGUCUAAACCAGCUGCUAUGUUGAGCUGGUACCUUCAAGGUGUCUUGGUCCAGAGUGGAGACAAACUCAACAUUCCCAAUGUUUCCAGUAAACACAUUGGGAGAUAUGUCUGUCAGGCCUUUAACGAUGUGACCGGAAGGUACAUUUCCUCAUCAAUAGAAAUCGAUGUUCUGGAACCGGUGGGGAAUGUUAGUCUACGAUCCACUAAUUCUCACCCAGUGGAACAGCGAGACUCCGUCUUAUUGACGUGCAGCUCCCAGGGAACUCAUCUGAAGCUGGAAUGGUUUUUCAACAACCACCCCAUCCAGCAGAAUGACAGGAUAACUGUAUCCGGAGACAUUCUGCUCAUUGACCCAGUGAACGUGGCCGACACAGGGGUGUAUAAAUGCAUCGUAAGCAAUGGGCUGAACAACGGCAGCGCGGAGACCUACCUGGAGGUUUUCUCUGUUCCAGAGACCAGGUCUCAUCUCACUCCUGGCGCCGUCGCUGGCAUCGUUGUCGGCCUAAUUGCUGCCUGUUUGAUCGGCGGAGUCGGCGGUUGGCUGAUCGCCAGGAAGACAAGCGGCGGGUCGCAGAGGUUUACUGUCGAGCCGGCACAGAGCGACGUAUAUGUAUGCAUCGGGGGAGACGCGGAGUUCACGGUGCGGCCGUCCAGUGCUAUCUCCAGCGGAACCUGGGAAUUCAAAUCGAAAGCAAUCGUCCAGUGGCUCGCACCAAACCUGGUGAUUCCUCCUGAGUACAAGUCAAGGGUGGAUUUAAAUUUCACCAGCGGGUCGCUGGUGCUGAGGUCGGUGAACGAGUCGGACAACGGGGAUGACACAGUGACAGUCACUGCAGUUGGCGGCGCUCAAGAAUCAGCGACCAUCACACUCAGCUUCAUAGAGCACUGUGACACCGUGUUUUUGACCUGCGUCGCGACAGGCCCUGACGUCUCUUACACGUGGAGUGAAGACAACAGCGUGAUAUCUAACGGCGGCAGGUUGGAACUGAGCGCCUCUAACACCACACUCACCAUUACCGGAGUAUUGCAGUCGGACGGGCCGUUCACCUGCCGGGCUUCCAGCCCGGUUAGCGCGAAGACAAGCGAGUCGUUCCAACUCAAUGUCUUUUACCAGCCCAGCCCUGGUCACCCAUGCUAG